AGUUUCACGUGCGCGAUACAGGUUCGUCGUCUGUGAAGGACAGAGGCUGCGACUGUUUGGCUCUCGCACAUUGUUGUUUAGCAAGCCGAGCGAGUGCCGGGUUCUCACGGCUUCGCGGUCUUCCUAUGGCGGUUGGCUUGCGCAUCCGCACGAGGAGACGAGUGAUGAGCUCGAUGGCCUACGGCGAGGGCGAUACCGAGCGAUGGUGAGCGACGUAAGCAACAAAGCAUCAGGGAAAAUAAUAAUAUGGGUUUACCUUGAUUUUACUUAUAUGAUUCCCCCAGUCGUGAUUUGACUCUUCUCCGUUACACAUCUCAUCAGCUACGGUGCUCGCUUGUGUGUUCCAUUUGUUGUGCCGCUUUUGCAACUGCUAUUGGCCGGCAUUGCUUCUGCGCUUAGUGUGUAUCCGGUUCUGACGCUGGUUCGAUCGGUCACCGAUUCGCGUUCCGCGAGACCCGAUUACGAGUUUGAUGGUGUUCUCCUACGUCGUAAGGGUUUUGCGGUAGUUCGCGGAACAGCGGCGAAUGUGGAAGACGUACCUUCGUCAACAUACCGAGCCGGUGAAUUCACAUCGGGAAUCGUUAGUAUUAUGAUUCAUAGUCAUCGGCAGCUUCUCGAUCUCUCGAUUUCAAACACCUCUCAAUAGAAUUGCGUAGGUUGCUGAGAUUGUUCCUGCAAUUGUUCUGUGUGUUAAUUAUAAGUGUUCUAUGUAAUGUAAACAAGCUGAAAGGGUGUUUGUGAUUUGUUGCUACUGGUGUGGUGUGUGCGUAAAUUAAUUUCGAUCCGUCUGCAAUUUGGAAGUCAAAUUUGAUUAUAUUUUUUUUGACAGUGGAGUGAUCCGAAAGAACAACAAGCCAACAUUCAUAUAGGACAGUAUUUCUGAAUAAUGAGUCAACUGUUAUGCGAUACUAAAUAAAACGCCCAAAAUUUGUUAAAAUACGUGUGAUGUGAACGGAAAUGAAAAUAAAAAAUGAAUGGUUUAUAUUAAACAUGUGUGUUGUUUGAGAUAACAGUUUGAAGAAAAACAAAAUAGAUCAAUGAUCACCUUUGUUAUGCAAAAUGCUAUAACUUGUGGAGGAGCCACAUAAAAUGUGCUGUUGGAAGAAACAAAUGAUUUCACCGCUACAAAAGUGACGAACCUGUUUGAAUUUGAGCCAAUUCGUGUGUACAUAUUUGUGCAUUGUAGUGCGUGUAUUGUGAUACGAAAAUAGAUUGUGCCGUAAUCUUAAAAAUGCAUGAUUGUGAGUGUCUUAUUUUGUUCUAGUAGUUAUGAAUGCUGAAUAUUGAAGUGAGACACUCCAUAGUUGAAAUCGUUAGCUUUAACCCAAAAAAACAGGAGUUCAUCACUGCAUACAGCAUUGCCAAAAGCUUAGAUGUAGCCUCGGAAUUGAAACAACUCGGCGCUAUAUUAAUAAUCUGCUGAAGAAAGACUUUCUUUGUAACCUUCCCAGUCAAUACAUCGCGAUUCGUGGAUGUGCUUUCCCGCAGUAAACCCUCUAAAGAUGAAUCAACAAUGCAAAGUAUGUGGUGAACCAGCAGCAGGAUUUCAUUUUGGAGCAUUUACAUGUGAAGGAUGCAAGUCUUUCUUCGGGCGUACUUACAACAAUUUGUCAUCAAUAUCCGAGUGCAAAAACAAUGGAGAAUGUGUUAUCAACAAGAAAAACCGAACUGCCUGCAAGGCGUGUCGUCUGCGAAAGUGUCUUGUGGUCGGAAUGUCAAAGAGCGGCUCUCGAUACGGCCGGCGGUCAAACUGGUUCAAAAUCCAUUGCCUUCUUCAAGAGCAACAACAACAGCAACAACAGAAAGCCUGUAGCAACAACAAUAACAACAGCAACAGUAAUAGCAAUAUUGCCAUCAACAACAGUACUAGCAAUGAAAACAGUAGCAAUAGUACCAGCUCUCCAGGCUUGUCGAUCUCGAAUGGAUUCAUCCCAAACAGUUUUCUGUCGAAUCUGUGCAACAAUAACAACAACAACAGCAGUUUGAAUAAUAACAAUCUUAAUAACAACAGCAUUAUCAAAAAUAACAAUACAAUUAAAAAGAACACGAAACGAGCAAGUACUCCAAGCGAUUCCGGCGCAUCGUCCGCUGAUCCAGAUGAGAGCAAUGGUGUUGGUGGUGGCGGCGGCGGUGGUGGGAGCAGUUUUAUCGAUGGUAGUAACACUUACAAGGAUCAGCUGGUAGGAAGUGUAAUUCUAGAAAAUGGAUUCAAAACACUAGAACACGCCGAGGUCAGCUUACCUAAACUACCAAUGAAAGUUUCCCGCACUCCACCCUCUUCAUCGGCACUGCAGUCACACGCCGACACGUAUAGGCCUGCUUUAUUGGAUCGAAUGUCACCCUACCUACCGGCAGUAUCGUUUCGGGGCGACGGUUCUCCUUAUUUCCCAGUGGCGUUUUCGAUUCCACCCGUCUCAUUAGCCAUGCUCUCCUCUGGCCAUGCUGGAUUUCAGCUAUGCAAAAGAGACGAGCAAAACGAACCAAUUGAUUUAUCUAUGAAGUCUUCUAAGUCAUCCUCCAGAUCUUCAUCAGAAUCUCCGCGGCGGAUACGCGACAGUUCGCCAAUAUUGCCCACCCCUAGCGAACCGGACGAACCAUCUGCGACGAUGGCAAUAGCUACCAAGACAAUUCCUCUCGAUCUUUCAACGUUUGUGCGUAGUAAUACUCUCCCUGGGUGAGUUUAAUUGCCGAUUGCUAAGAUGGUGCUCGUAUACUAUGGAAUAUAGUUGUGAAACCAAUAUUCACAACAAUGUAAAGUCCUCGCAAUAGAAGAAUGCAGUGAAUAUUCCAACAUUCCUAGUGCAUAAUGACUAGAUGCAGCCAGACUCAAGUGAAAAUGACUUUAUGCAGCCAGUAAGGGACCCAUAUGCCAGUAAUGUUAAUUUUUUUCUCUUAAAUGUCUGUUAACACAAUGCAACGCGAGCAAUCUGCGAAAAGUGGUAGACACGUGCGAAUAUAUUAAGUUUCACAUUUAAUCGCGUUGUGUUUCGGUACAGUUUUGUAAACAUUGCAACUACGUUAGGUCUAUUUAGUUAACACAUGGUGCCAGAUAUCAGUGUACAAAUUUUUCAUUAGACUUUAUUUGGCAAACGGUUUAACAACUGCCAAGUUUUUCGUAAUUUAUUGCCAAAUCAUUCAUUGUUUUCUCAGUUUUACUUUGAAUAUUCUUGUAACGAAUUUAAAGAAAUAACAAAAUCAUGAUUGCUCGAAAAAUACAAACCAUUUAAUAAUAUACCCGAAAGACGCAAAGCUAAUUAAACCGCGUAUAUUUCGCAGUCUUUGUCAUAUGUGAAACUGAAACAGAAAGCUAGACAUUGAAAAUAUAAUUUAUGAAUCUCCAACUGUAGAUAGCAUCCCGUUGUUUAGCGAAUUUUUGUGUUUUACUUGUAUUUAAGCUUUAAACAUUAUUUAUAAACUGAAUGCAUUUGUAGUGAAUAAUAAAAUUUGUUUGUUUGAUUGUGCA